AUGUUGGCUGUCUGCGCCGACGCGGCGGCCGGAUCCCGGGGACUCCCCGCGCCGGGAAUCUCCCGCCAGCUGCGCACUGCGUCCCGGCGACGGCAGGAGCACGUGGAGCGGCCGGGUAGCCAGAGCGCAACUCCAGCCCAGCCCGGCGGCGAGAUGGAAGAUAUAAAACCAAAUGUGGAACUGAAAAGCACUCAGGAACAGUCUGUGCCCACAGAAGGUCCAGUGAUUUUGAAUGACUACGAUUUAACCAAACCACAUGAAACAGAAAAUGUGGACAGUGCAGAAGGCCCAACCAAUGAAGAUGAAGAUCUAGGAGAUGAUUCGAUGAAUGUGAAAGAUGAAUACAGUGAAAGGGAUGAAAAUAUUUUAAAGCCAGAGCCCAUGGGAAAUGCGGAAGAGCCUGAAAUUCCAUACAGCUAUUCAAGAGAAUAUAAUGAAUAUGAAAACAUUAAGUUGGAAAGACAUGUCUCGUAUGAUAGUAACAGGCCAACCAGUGGCAAGAUGAACUGCGAUGUGUGUGGAUUAUCCUGCAUUAGCUUCAAUGUCUUAAUGGUUCAUAAGCGGAGCCAUACUGGUGAACGCCCAUUCCAGUGUAAUCAGUGUGGGGCAUCUUUUACUCAGAAAGGUAACCUCCUCCGCCACAUUAAACUGCACACAGGGGAAAAACCUUUUAAGUGUCACCUCUGCAACUAUGCAUGCCAGAGAAGAGACGCACUCACAGGUCACCUUAGGACACAUUCUGUUGAGAAACCCUAUAAAUGUGAGUUUUGUGGAAGGAGUUACAAGCAGAGAAGUUCCCUCGAGGAGCACAAGGAGCGCUGCCGUACAUUUCUCCAGAGCACGGACCUGGGUGAGACUGCAAGUGCGGAGGCAAGACACAUCAAAGCAGAGAUGGGAAGUGAAAGAGCUCUCGUUCUGGACAGAUUAGCAAGCAAUGUGGCAAAACGAAAAAGCUCAAUGCCUCAGAAAUUCAUUGGUGAGAAGCGCCACUGCUUUGACAUCAACUAUAAUCCCAGCUAUAUGUACGAGAAAGAGAGUGAGAUAAUACAGACCCGGAUGAUGGACCAAGCCAUCAAUAAUGCCAUCAGCUAUCUUGGUGCCGAAGCCCUGCGCCCCUUGGUCCAGACCCCACCUGCUCCCACCUCAGAGAUGGUUCCAGUUAUCAGCAGCAUGUAUCCCAUAGCCCUCACCCGUGCUGAGAUGCCGAAUGGUGCCGCCCAGGACCUAGAAAAGAAGAAUAUCCACCUGCCAGAGAAGAGCCUGCCUUCUGAAAGAGGCCUCUCCCCCAACAAUAGUGGCCAUGACUCCACGGACACUGAUAGCAACCAUGAAGAACGCCAGAAUCACAUCUACCAGCAAAAUCACAUGGUCCCCCCUAGGGCCCGCAAUGGGAUGCCACUUCUGAAGGAGGUCCCCCGCUCUUAUGAACUCCUCAAGCCCCCACCCAUCUGUCCAAGAGACUCCAUCAAAGUGAUCAACAAAGAAGGGGAGGUGAUGGAUGUGUAUCGGUGUGACCACUGUCGAGUCCUCUUCCUGGAUUAUGUGAUGUUCACUAUUCACAUGGGUUGCCACGGCUUUCGUGACCCUUUUGAGUGUAACAUGUGUGGGUAUCGAAGCCAUGAUCGGUAUGAGUUCUCGUCUCACAUAGCCAGAGGGGAGCACAGAGCCACGCUGAAGUGA